AUGAAUGUUAGUAGAGACAAAGCUCAGGUAGAUAUCUCAAUGCCCCAAGCACAGGCAGCAGUGGUAGUAGAAGCAGUCUCCUGCACCCUGCACACUGGGGAGAUCAUGGACAGCCACGGAGAGCAGAGACUGGCAGCAAACGACCACCCAGUAUAUGGCUGCCCCAGGGACAGGCAAGGGGACAGUCAGAGUGGCAAUACUCCAGGACAAGAGGGCUUGGUGCCAGCUCCACCAGCGGUUCACAGAACCACCUCUUUUUCGGUCCUGGAUAUCCUGGACCCUAAUAAAUUUAACAGCAAGCAGAGGCACUGCACCCUGGUGUACAGCAAGCCCAGUGACUAUAUCCUGAGGGCAGAGGACAAGCCAGAGGAGGCUGCCAUAGAUAAACCAAACCAGAAACCUUUCUUAGAAGACUUCGACAACUGCAAGAAGUCCCCAGAGGUUCUAAAGGACGGAGAGCUGUACCAACAGGCUGGAGAAGAUUGUCCAAACCAAGACUACAGCCCCAGUCCUGGCAGUGAGCUGGAGGAAGAGGAGGAUGAGGAAGAUGAAGAGAUUUGCAGUGAGGAGAGCAGCACCUCCACUCUUGGGACAGUGGACAGGGAGUCUGGUGGUGGUGGGUCCUCCCAGGCUGAGGAUGGCCAAGCAAGUCAUGGUAGCACCCCUAGCUCACAGCAAGGCAAUGCCAAGAACCAGACCCAGCAGAACCAGCAUGGCAAACCCAAGAGGAAGAGAACAGGCUCUGACUCCAAGUCUGGCAAACCCAGGAGAGCUCGAACAGCUUUUACCUAUGAGCAGCUGGUGGCUCUGGAGAACAAGUUCAAGUCUACCAGAUACCUCUCAGUUUGUGAAAGACUCAACCUGGCGUUAUCGCUAAGUCUGACCGAGACUCAAGUCAAGAUCUGGUUCCAAAAUAGACGCACAAAGUGGAAGAAGCAGAAUCCUGGAGCAGACACAAGUGCCCCUACUGGAGGCUCCAAUCAUGGGGGAGGGGGAAAUGGAGGUAUGGGGGGGCUCAGCCCUCUAAGUCAUUCCCCCCCUAUGGGUAACCCACUAGGCAUGCAUCAUGGACACCCAGGUUACCCAACCCAUGCACCUGGUGGGCUGAUGUGCACAGCACAGUUACCCUUCCUCCCAGGCCCUGCUGCAGUUCUCUCACCCUUUGUCCUGGGGUCCCAGGCUUAUGGAGCCCCAGCAUUUUAUGCCCCUCACUUAUGA